CCCCUGCAGAGUCCAUACAUAUAUGGUACCUUAUUAUUAGUCCUGUCCAUGUCCAUGCCUCCAGAGGUCCGGUCCCAUGCAUAUGGUAAUCAAAUAUACACGCCACUUCCGGAUCCCACCCUGUCAAUCACAAUGAAGCUGAAGCUUUGGCCCUCCCUCCCUUGCUUGCCUUUGGGCUCACUUCUAAGCGACGUGACCAUGCCCAAGCUUACAACGUACAUGUAUGUCUCUACGAAUCGGGAGGAAAGAAAUUGGGGCAUCUUUGAGCGACUGUGGCGCAACAGGGCGCUCCAGCCACAUCAUCCACUCGAUACGGUCAAAAGAACCACCAGGAAUUACGGAAUAUCAGGGACAUCACAUUUGGGGAGGGAAUGGGUAAAUUACGCCGUGCCCGACACCGUCCAAAUAUGUCUCUUCCGAGAGAUGGUAUUGUGCCUCAAAACCCCAUCUGACGAGACUGCAGGAAAGCAGUUUUUUCUUCCUCUUCCAUCUUCUCCCCAACUCAUGCUCCUGUGGCCCGCCAUCCCGCUUCCAGUCCAUGUCCAGACCCUCGUAUUUGCCUCGGAUCCCCUGGGAACCACGCCAUACCUGCACCCCAAGAUUAUUAGUGGCCCGAAACACGUCACCGAUUUGCAUGGCCGGAUUCCUCGAGUUGCCGUAUCGACCCGCUUCCCAUUAGACAUAGGCCGCAGCAUUCCUGCUGGCGGAUGCAUCCCGAAUAUCCCGCCCCUCGACUCAAAAUCCGGCCUCUGGACGUAUGUGUUCCCUCCACUGGACUUCGCGUCCGUCAAUGUUUUUACAUUCUGA